AUGAAAUAUAGCUUGUGCCACAUACAAGACUUCACUAGAGGAUUCAGUGCUAUUAUUUCUAGAGGAUGCAUCAAAAAACCCCUAUGUUGCAAUCAUAAAGACUCAAGAGACAUCUUCUACAGUUUCCAUCGCGAUGAAGUGUUUGCAGAAUCUGUGAAGGAUGAUUGCGCUGUGUAUUUUGUGCUAGAGAAAAAGCAAGUCCCAAACCAUGGCUUUAUUGUGCAAAGGGUCUAUAAUACUGAAAAUAAGAAGCUGAGGAAGUUCACUCAUCAUGAUUUUACGAGCAGCAAAAUCAAGAGAUUGAUCUUCUUUUAG